AUGGAGACGGCCACAGCGCCGCCGGUGCUCGACGUGGACAAGGGUUUCGCUGUGGCCUUCGUGGUGUUGCUGGGCCUCUUCCUCCUGGCCAUGGCGGUGCGGUGCGGGCGGCUGGUGGUGGAUCCCUACAGCGCCAUCCCCACCUCCACCUGGGAGGAGGAGCCCAUCAACUGAGGGGCCCCACAGCCCCCCCAAGGGGGGCCCAAAGACAGACCCCUGU